CACAUGCAAAUCAGAUGGGUAUCCAGCGCUCCGCCCCUCCCACUACGGGGCUGACACCAACCCGGCCCAGUGCGCAGGCGCGGGAAAGUUGCACUAAUAAAAGUUUGCUCAAGUUCGGUGAAGGAGAGGGGGUCGGCGGCUUCCCGGCCCCAGGUGCCCCCAUGGCAGGCUCAGAAGAGCUGGGGCUCCGGGAGGACACGCUGAGAGUCCUAGCUGCCUUCUUUAGGCGAGGUGAGGCUGCUGGGUUCCCCAGCCCUACCCCACCCAGGAGUCCUGCCCAGGAGGAGCCAACAGAUUUCCUGAGCCGUCUUCGAAGAUGUCUUCCCUGUCCCCUGGGGCGAGGAGCAGACCCCCCUGUGUCCCCUCGGCCUUGCUCCUUGCCCCUCCGCCCAUGCUAUGUUUCAGAGCCUGGCCCAGCCACUUCCGAUUUCUAUGCUCUGGUGGCCCAGCGGCUGGAACAACUGGUCCAAGAGCAGCUGAGAUCCCCACCUAGCCCAGAGUUACAGGGUCCCCCCCUCACAGAGAAGGAAGCCCUACUGCGGAAGCUGGUUGCCUUGCUGGAGGAAGAGGCUGAAGUCAUCAACCAGAAGCUGGCCUCGGACCCCGCCCUGCGUGGGAAGCUGGCCCGCCUCUCCGCCGGCUCCUUCGCCCGCCUGGUGGAGCUGUUCUCUAGCCGGGAGGACAGCCCUCUGCCCAGCCGUCCACGCCCCUCCUUGCCCUGCCCAGGGCCUCCACCGCCUUCCCCGGAGCCCCUGGCCCGCCUGGCCCUGGCCAUGGAGCUGAGCCGCCGCGUGGCUGGGCUGGGGGGCACCCUGGCCGGACUCAGCGUGGAGCACGUGCACAGCUUCGGGCCCUGGAUCCAGGCACACGGGGGCUGGGAGGGCAUCCUGGCCAUUUCACCUGUGGACUUGAACUUACCCCUGGACUGAGAUCUUCCUCAGAAGCCGCUACAAGAUUAGACCUCAUGUCUCUACAUUCUUUGUGUGCUUUUCCAAGCCUUCCUUUCUCUACUCAGGGUUUUGGGGUGGUGGCUGCCCUCCCUGUGUUUGCCAAAAAGAAA